CUCUAAUUGCAAACGUCGUUGGGGGCAUGCUUUAGGAGUGAGUCGAGCAGUUCCUCUUGCAUCCCACUUGGAUCGCUCCUUCCUUUCCGAUCCAUUCCAAUGGCGACCACCACACCCUCUUCUUCUGCUUCUGUCCCGCAAGACUACCACGACGACGACGAUGACGAAUUCGAAGACGACGACUAUGAAUUCGAUGACGACCAAGAAACCUCCCCGUCCCCGUCCGACGGCGCCGACGAGGCUCGCCUCCAGUCUGUCCUGCGGCGCCUCACAGCGGAUGAGGUCCGGAUCCGGGUGCACGAUGUGGAGAUCCGGGGUUGCAGCCGCACGCGCCGCGCCGCAGUGGAGGCGGCGGUGGGCUCCGACCUGGCGCGUGCCGCCACCGUCAGAGACCUCGUGCGCGCUGCAGCAGCGGCCGGCGAUCGGAUCCGUCGCCUCGGCGCCUUCGACACUGUAUCCAUCACCCUCGACGCAGCUCCGCCGGGGCUCCCGGGUGGCGCAGCCGUUGUCGUCCUUGUUGACGUCGCCGAGGCCCGGGGCCGCGCUGCCGGCGAACUCGGCAUCUUCGCCAACAGCGGGGCUAGAUCAUGCUCAGUUCAAGGUUCAGUGAAGUUGAAGAACCUAUUUGGAUAUUGUGAGACGUGGGAUGCAUCAGGUGAUCUUGGCUUAGAUCAGACAUUGGACCUAAGUACCGGAGUGGCAAUACCAAGAAUCGGAGCAAUACCUACUCCACUGGUAGCUCGAAUGUCACUUCUCUCUGAGGACUGGUUGAAGUCAUCACUCAAAGAACACAUGAUGGGUGUUUCUGUUGGUUUGCUCUCCACCACGAACCAUAUCCUCUCUUACAAUCUGUCAUGGCGUACUAUUACUGGCCAGGCACUGAUGUCAUCCAAUUCCAUAAGUAGGCAGUUAGGGCAUAGCCUUCUAUCCUCUAUUAAGUACACAUACAAGUCUGACCAGAGAGAUUCAAGCAUACGACCGACACGUGGAUAUGCUUUUCUGUUUUCUUCUCAAGUUGGAGGCCUUGCACCAGACAGCAAAAAUGUGCGUUACAUUAGACAGGAACUUGAUCUUCGAGUGGCUUUACCAUUGGGUGUGUUGAAUGGCGCCCUUAAUGCUGGAGUGGCUGCAGGGGUGAUCCACCCAUUGGAAAGGGGAUCGACGGGCUCUAUAUCCCCACUUCCAGAGCAGUUCUACUUGGGUGGCAAUAGGUCUCUUAUGUGCCGCUUGGGUGGACCAUCAUCACUAUUAGGCUUCAAGAAAAGAGGGCUGGGGACUGACUUGCGAACAAGUGAUCCCAAGAAUUCUGAAAAUCUUCCUUCCAUUUCUCCUGAGCUAGGUACACUUAGAGGUGACAUAGCGGUCACAGCCUUUGCUGAUCUGUCAUUUGAUAUACCUCUGAAGCCGCUCAGGGAGCUGGGAAUCUAUGGCCAUGCAUUUGUCUCAGCUGGAAAUCUUGCCAAACUAGCAGAGCCUGAUCUCAGGAAAUUUCCUCUUGCUAAUUUCCUUCAAACAUUCAGGAGUUCUGCAGGAUUUGGUGUAGUUAUGCCAACCAGAUUAUUUCGCAUAGAGGUGAAUUACUGCCACAUCCUAAAACAGUUUGAUCAUGACAUGGGGAAGGCGGGGAUACAGUUUAACUUUUCUUCACCCUAAUUUCAAUCUGCCACAAGAUGUGAUGUUUAACUUUUCCCUCCUGCUCAGCUGUAUUUACACCCUCGUUAUGAUCCUUAGUUUUGUUUUUUUUCUUCCUCCACAAUUAUCUCUCUCCAGAAAAAGAGGCCCCCAUAAACCGUGGGUGAUGAAUUGGACUAUGACGUGAUGUUGACACCUGUAAAGUCUCAAAUCAAAAUGGAAAUGGAAGUCAUGAGGAGCAUUAGUUUGCAAUGCUUUAAGUGACAUUCACAUGAUAGUUCUGUUCAAGUAUGGUCAAUAGAAAAGACUGCCCAAGAUACCAUAUGGUGCUGUGCAUUGUUGGAAUUCUGUUAAAUAAAGUAAAAGUAACAACA